AGUGAUCACUGUCAAGAGAUCUAAACACAAGAUCCAGACUCUCGUCAACACAAAUAUCCGAACACAGAAAGGCUGCCCUGAAAGGCUGAAAUGAUCUGCCAGCAUUUCUGAGUUUAUUACCCACAACAAAGGGUUCUUUGCCUCUGCCCUCUCUCUCUCGCUCUCUCCCGGUUGGCGCUCAGCCUCAAUGUGCAUCAAGAUUGAUGGCUUUGCACUAGGAAAAGGGUAAAAUUUUGGAUGCAAGAUGUGGGGAGAUCGAUUCUCCUCCAUUACGUUCUUCUGAUCCUUGUUGUGCUGUCUCAUCAUCUUCAUCGCCACCAUUGCCAUCAAGCAUAUCAAUCUGUGAAGAACAAGUGGUGGGUGCAGAAGGAUAAUCAACAGCUGCACCAGCAGCACCGCCAACAUCGUCUUCUUCAUAGUAGUAAUAAGAAUCAUUGUCACCUCGGUCAUCGUCUUACUCUACUUGUCCCGCCCACCCACGUUGACAGGCCCGGCGAGGUCGUCGGAAAAUCCUCGAGCAGGAGAAGGGGCGCAGCCAUGUCUAAGUCACGUGUCUAUGCGGACGUCAACGUCCUCCGUCCGAAGGACUACUGGGACUACGAGUCUCUCACCGUCCAGUGGGGGGAUCAGGACAAUUACGAGGUAGUUCGGAAGGUGGGGAGGGGGAAAUACAGCGAGGUGUUCGAGGGCAUCAAUGUGACCAACUCGGAGAGAUGCAUCAUAAAGAUUCUUAAGCCUGUCAAGAAGAAGAAGAUAAAGAGGGAGAUCAAGAUACUCCAAAAUAUUUGUGGAGGACCAAACAUUGUGAAGCUACUUGAUAUUGUUCGAGAUCAACAAUCAAAAACUCCCAGCUUGGUUUUUGAAUAUGUUAAUAGUACAGACUUCAAAGUUCUAUACCCAACAUUGACUGAUUAUGACAUACGCUAUUAUAUAUAUGAGCUGCUUAAGGCUCUAGAUUAUUGCCAUUCACAAGGAAUAAUGCAUCGAGAUGUCAAGCCUCACAAUGUGAUGAUAGACCAUGAAUUGCGAAAGCUGAGGUUGAUAGACUGGGGACUGGCUGAAUUUUAUCAUCCUGGCAAGGAGUACAAUGUUCGAGUUGCUUCAAGGUACUUCAAGGGCCCUGAACUGUUGGUUGAUUUACAAGAUUAUGAUUACUCUUUGGACAUGUGGAGUCUUGGUUGCAUGUUUGCAGGAAUGAUCUUUCGCAAGGAGCCUUUCUUCUACGGCCAUGAUAACCAUGAUCAACUUGUUAAGAUUGCCAAGGUACUUGGUACAGAUGAAUUAAAUGCUUACCUAAACAAAUACCGGUUGGAGCUUGAUCCACAACUGGAUGCCCUAGUUGGCAGGCAUAGUCGGAAGCCCUGGUCCAAAUAUAUCAAUGCGGACAAUCAACAUUUAGUUUCUCCAGAGGCAAUUGAUUUCCUUGACAAACUUCUUCGGUAUGAUCACCAAGAUAGACUUACAGCACGGGAAGCAAUGGCACACCCGUACUUCCUUCAAGUCAGGGCUGCAGAACAUGGCAGAACUCGCACGCAAUGAUCAUGUUGCUUGGAUAUCCAUUAGUCCUUUUUCUUGUUUGUGCUAUCAUCGUCUCAGUUGUUGAGUCUUUAACUGUUGGUUGUUUUGUUCCCUGAACAUGUGUACCGUGGUCUAUUGAGGUCUAUUAUCAGGAUUUUGACAAUUAAAUCUGUAAUUUCAGUCAUUGUGCAUCAAACAAAUGUUUCACAAGUGUAAGAGAUGUUACUGGAUACAUCUUCAACCAUCUAAUAAAUGUACAUGCUUACGUGCA